AUGGCUUCGUCCGCGCGUCCUGGCGACGACCCGGCCAGCCACAAUCCGUCGCCCACAGAUACGCGUCGUCCUUCACAGUACGAUCCCCUUGACCGCCAGGAUGACCGCGCUCUCGAAAACCCCAGCCCGCAACUGGUCCAGCAAUUGGCAUCGGUGCAGAGACUGCAAGAAGAUUCUUUGCAAAGUCUUGUUGCGCCAGUGAGCAGUCCCCGUCCCGAGACUGUCGCAUCUCCAGCUCCCGAAUUUGUGUCGCGGCCAAACCAACCUGCAUCACGAUCGCCCAUUAUCGGCACCGACCGUGGUCGUGCCAGUCGCACACGCAAGCCACCCAUUGCGCGCCGUACUUCCACCAAUGCCCAGACCCCUCACCGGGGAGAGGUCUUCUCAGCUGACGACGACAUUGCCGAGGUUCAGGCAGAUGCUGCUGAGCGCCAGCAACAAAUCUAUAAUGUAUCUAUGCGUCGGCGUUCUGCCGUGCCUGGUAUGCCUUCAAGAGCACGCGUCCCUCUUAACGAUGAUCUUGUCGAGCAUGGGGAGGUCAGCCCAUCCGAUCCGGAGCCUCCUGACGACACGGGGGAGAUUACUACGAGUGACGACCAUCUCGACGAUGGGACGCCGGUUGACGAAGCUGCUGAUAUCAGCGAUGCCGAGAGCUUCACCCUGAAAGACCGCCAACAGGCCAUCAACCAAACCCAUCCCUUCGGCAUCAGGUUGUGGAAGCCGGCUCUAUACAAGAAGCUUCGUUCGGUCCAGAGGAACGCCGAGGGCGAUAUUCACUCCUCACCUGGCGGCCAUGUCAGCAACUGGCUGCUGUUCUUCAAUAUCCUUUGGACCUUGGCAUUUGGCUGGUGGAUGGCACUGUUUGCCUUUUUCGGUGCUGUUUCGUGCUUCUUGUUUGCAGGUUCAUCGAAUGGUCGCGAGUACGGUCGAGUUCUUUGGGGUCUGGCAGGCUACCUGUUCUAUCCCUUCGGCAAGUUUGUCCGUCUCGAGCAACAGGAGGCCUACCUGGACGAAGACCAGGGCGAAGGCCGUAGCAUCAGCGAGUACGAGCAGUGGCAGAGCGGCGAUCUCGAGUAUGGACGUCUGUUCUUCGGUCCGGAUCGCAACCGCUCCAUUAUCGGUCGGUCUAGGAGAAGCCUGGAUUCGGAAGUCGACGAGACAGACAGCCUGCUCGGUAGGAGCCGCCGUAGCACCUUUGAUGAUCAUCUGCCGCGUAUCAAGCGCCGCCUCUUUGGCCGCGGCCAGUGGAAUGCUGGCCGUGUCAUCUUCUUCGCUUUCUUCUACUUCCUGAUCACACCCUCGCUGUUCGUGGUCUCAGCUAUCUGCUGGCUGCUCGUCUUUUGGAUCCCCAUGGGCAAGGUCACCAUGCUGCUGUUCUCGCACCUGCGGCGACAUCCGCUGGCCCUGUCUUUUGAGUCUGACAUCUCAAGUGCCCGCGCGGCGCCCCCGUCUUCCAUCCUGGUCUGCACGUAUCGAGCCGCCGGUCUCAAAUACUGGAAGUACACGAUUGACGGUACCAACGUCUUCUUGAUUAACCUCAUGUCCAUUGUGGCCUUUGUCAUCUUUGACUGGGUUGUCCUGGAUGGCAUGCUGCAUAUUGACAACUUUCUGACCUCGUCUGCCUUCCUCUUCGUCGGCGGCUUGCUGUCUAUCAUCCCUCUCGCCUACUUCAUCGGUCAAGCCGUCGCGUCCAUAUCAGCUCAGUCAUCCAUGGGUCUCGGCGCUGCUAUCAACGCCUUCUUCUCCACCUUGGUCGAGGUGUUUCUGUACUGCGUCGCCCUGCAACAGGGCAAGGCCCAGCUGGUCGAGGGCAGCAUCAUCGGUAGUAUCUUCGCCGGUAUUCUCUUCUUGCCCGGUCUAUCUAUGUGCUUCGGCGCCAUCAAGCGCAAAACGCAGCGCUUCAAUGCUAAAUCGGCUGGUGUGACCUCGACCAUGCUACUCUUUGCUGUCAUUGGCGCCUUUGGUCCGACCCUGUUCUACCAGAUCUACGGGACACACGAGCUGACCUGCCAGGAGUGCAUCAACUUCGACCGUCCCGGCCAUGGAGGCGGUGCACUUAGGGAUUGCCGGCGCUGCUACUUUUCACAAACGCCAGCUAUCAAUGACCGUUUCUAUCUAGAAGCUGUGCGGCCCUACUGCUACCUCGCUGCUAGCAUGCUGUUCAUGUCUUACAUCAUUGGUCUCUGGUUCACUCUUCGUACCCAUGCGGCAGUCAUCUGGAACACGGAUGCGGACGAGAAGAGGCACGAGGAUCAUGGGGUGAACCCCCACGGCACACCUCGUCAUCCGGGCGAUACAGCGGUUGGCGACGCCAGUGGUACGGAUAUUCGCGAUUCACAUCUUUACAAGCGCAUCUUGGGCCAGUCUCUACGCCAAGUUGGUCAAUUUGGUCGUUCAGACGAACAGGAACGCCAAAAUUCAGUCAGCGGUGGCAUCCCUCACGUUGUCCCUCCCAAGCCGACGAGCUACGGGACUGUCGAUAUGCCUGGCCCGGCCAUCAGCAUCCCUGGCUUCAGUGAUGCCGAAAACAGUAAUCUUGUCCAUCAAGUCACCGAGAUAGCAGCAACCGCGGCUACUGUGGCUGCGAAGAAUGUCCAGGGCUCUCGUCGGUCACAUCACCUGAGCUCUCACGGCUCGACUGGUCAUCACCACCACUCAUCGAUCUCAAGCAACCGCGCAACGACUGCAAUUCAUGGAGCUGGUACAACUGUGCAGGAUGAUGCUGCCAGGCAGCAGGCGGGCGCUGACAGCAGCAGCCAUGGCCACGAUGCGCCAAACUGGAGCCGGCUCAAGAGUUCCAUCAUCCUGAUGGGCGCCACUGUGCUCUAUGCCGUCAUCGCUGAGAUUCUGGUUGACACGGUCGACGUUGUGCUCGAGAGUUUCGACAUCGACGAGAAGUUCCUCGGCAUCACGCUCUUCGCCCUUGUACCAAACACGACCGAGUUCCUCAACGCCAUCUCGUUCGCCAUGAACGGCAACAUUGCCCUAUCUAUGGAGAUUGGUUCAGCCUAUGCCCUGCAGGUCUGUCUGCUGCAAAUCCCUGCCCUCGUACUCUUCUCUGCCGUGAACCCUCUCCGCGUGCCCGUCGAGGAUAUGGCCCGCUACACGUUCACCCUGCUCUUUCCGCAAUGGGACAUGGUCACCGUCAUUCUGUGCGUCUUCUUGCUCAGUUACAUGUACGGCGAGGGUAAGAGUAAUUACUUCAAGGGCAGCAUCUUGCUGCUGAGCUACAUGGUGGUGGUUAUCGGCUACUACUUUAGCGGGUUUGGAACCAGUCUGGAUAAUCCAGGCACUGGAAUGAGCAGGUUUGAUGUGUUGGGCACAGAUGGACAGUACAUGAGUUACAGCUUCAAGGCGGCUGGGAGACGGUCUUCGGGGGUUGCGUUUUGA